AGGGGAGGACAGAGCUGGAGAACCUGGUCAUGAUGUUUACUCUGCUGCUCCUGUCCCUUCCCCUCUUGGGGAACUCAAUUCCAAUGAUUCAAGACAGGGAACAGGUUGGCAUUGUUGGGGGUGUGGAGACCAGAGAAUGGGAGUUUCCAUGGCAGGUCUCCAUGAGACUGUUUAACACCACAAACAAAUCCUGGAUGCAUCGUUGUGGUGGUUCCCUCAUUGGACUCCGGUGGGUCCUGACUGCUGCCCACUGCAUUAAGAAAACGCGACCAGAGCCCACAAACUAUAUGAUAAAUUUGAGACAACAGUAUCUGUACAAAGGAGACAGGCUUUGGCCUGUGGAGAAGAUUAUCAUCCAUCCAAACUACGUUAAAUUUAAUGUAGGGGCAGAUAUUGCCCUGUUAAAGCUGAAGUUCCCAGUAACUAUCUCCCAAAAUGUCAAAAUCAUCCGCCUCCCUGCUGCCUCACAAAAGUUCACCCCAGAAAUGGAGUGCUGGGUGACUGGCUGGGGGAAUAUCAAAUUUAAAGUGCCUCUGCCACGUCCCUACAGCUUGAGAAAGGUGCAGGUCCCUGUGAUGAAUAGCACUGCCUGUGACAAGCUAUACCAUAAAGGAUCCAACGUUAGUCCUUCCGUUAAGAUAAUUUUUGACGACAUGCUAUGUGCUGGUGAAACUAACAAGGGCUCAUGCCAGGGUGACUCUGGUGGAGCCCUGGUCUGUAAUGUGAUGGGCGAGUGGCUUCAGGCUGGGGUUGUGAGCUGGGCAAUAGGCUGUGGCUUAGUCAACAGGCCUUCAGUUUAUGCUCGAGUCAGUGCUUAUGUGAAAUGGAUUAAUGAUCAAAUGAAAUGAUUCUGUGACCUAAUUUUUAAAAAUCUUCUUACCUCACAUCUAUUCCACUCACAAUCUGAGGCCCCAUGCUCUAUAUUGGAAAAGGAAUCAAACCCUGCUUCUUAUUUUCUUCCUCCACAUCCUCACUGGACCCACGACUACUUUGAGGCCAGGCUUCUCCAAAUUCCUCCUUGAGAGACCCAUCUUAUUUUGCCUUUCUCAGUGACCUAGAAGCAGCAUGAUGGGGGUCAGAGCUCUGGACUGGGAUUAAGAAUCCUGGGUCCCAGUAGGACUGCUUGAAUUAUCUAGCCUUGUCCUUUUACCUGUUGGGGCUUCAUUUUUUCCCUCUGUAAAGUAUACAACAUGGAGGUAGAGCUCUUCUUGCUCUGUUAUUCUGUGGUUCUCAAUUUCCCCAUUUUUUGACAUCUAAGGCAUUGAGAGGGUGAUAGAGAAGGUGGGGAAAGGAAAGAGAGAGGAAGGGAGAUUUUUAUGUAGAACAGUUCUCAUAUCUCAUUAAACUGUGCAAAUUUC